AUUAAUUCGAUUAUACUCAAGUUCACCUAAGCGGGAGUGCAACUGUUUGGUUCAGUCAGUCGACACCUCAGCUGAAAGUAACACAUACGUGCUAUUAUUCGAGCUUAAAGUUACGCGAAUCUGACCGGCGAUUUUGUUUCAAAGAAAGCAGUUCAGAUCAGAGAAUCUCGACGAUUAUCAACUUUGAAUUAUAAGAUGUGAUUUGUAGUUUCAAUCUUUGAGAGUACAAGAAAUGACAUCAGCACUGGGGAUCUUCUGGUUUUUUGCUACUGGCGAAAUUUGCAAAGCCAAUAGAGACCAGAAAGCCCAACAAUAUCCAACAGAAUGGCAAGGUUAUUCGAUAGCUUUCCAUUUACUACUCCCAAUAGCCGGAUUUUUGAUUUUGUGGGGACGACGAGAUCUUUUCAACAAGCUUCUUCUCCAAGUAGACAGGGGUUGUGUUUCUGUAUUCUGUCCAUCCUUCAGCCAGCGCCAGAAAUUAUUGAGAUGGGUCGUGGAGAACCUCCCAAGCACGUGGUCCAUCUCUUCCAAGAACCUCAAUGGUGGAAUUCAAGAUCUGUGGAAAGAUGGUUCGCUCCUGUGUACACUAAUAAAUAUGGCCAUACCAGGGGCUUGCCAGAACCCCCCUAAGCAUUGGAAGAAACCUCCGACCCACGCUCAAGCGUUGGCUUAUAAGUACUUUGGAAUUUCACCAGUAUUCAGCGAGUCGGACUUCGAAAAAUUGCUCACUCCAAAAGAGGAAAGAAGAUUUCUCCUCUACCUUCAAGAUCUUCAGCAUGCGAUUAAAUCACAUGGUGUUAGAGAAACAGCAGAAAAAUUCACACAUAAAUACCUGGCAAAAGGUAUGGGACUCCACAAUAGCGAGCAGCACCGGAAAACAAUAUUUUAUGUUUAUUCCAAUAGCACAAAUUCAAAUUGUAGCAAUGUCAUGAUCUACAUCCGAGGUCCUUAUGGUACACAAGGUUCUGCUACUAUACCUGCUUUUUACAAUCGCAGGUCUGAUUCGCUAUUGAGCUCAUUACAUAGACAUCCUAGGUCGAUGGAUAAGAUAGUGUUCAAGAAAGAAGCAAGAAAGUCUUUUCUUAUGUCUAUCGCUUCUGAUAUAUCGUCUUUGGUUAAUCGAAAAUCUGUGUCUAAUGAUAUUCCCAUCCUAGUGGAAAUGGAAGCUGACAGAGCCAGAGUCAGUUACUUACCUCUAAACUCCGGCAUUUACGAAAUUAGUCUUAUUACUAAUGGUGAACUUCUUAUCAAUUCACCUUACGCUGUCAGCGUCAGUGAAAAUAAUUCAGGUACUAAGGAAACACUGGACGAAAAUGAGAAACUCCAACAAGAGUUGCCUAUGACGAGGAAGCGGAAGAUUGUAGCUAGGUUUAUUGAUUGCAUUAACGAAAAAAUUUUACUGGACCACGAAGGAAGUGACGCGUUAUCCACGACAGAUGAAUCAGGAUUCGGUAAUCAAAUGGAAUCCACAUUAUCCGAUGUAUCAGUAUCACCAGAUGUGAAAGAAGAAUUGAUUUCAAAUUUGAAAGAUGACUCGAAUGACGAGAGCGAGGACGAGAGUAAUCAGAUGAAAUUUAUAAAAACAGUAAAAUUCGCUGAUGAUAACAUUGAAGGGGUGGUACCCACUUUAAGCAAAACUGAACAUAUAGAGGCAGAAAAAAGCUUUUCUGAAGUUGGUUUGUGUGGUGUAUUUUUGGGUAACUUGAAGUCGCCUAAGAUUUUUGAUUACUGUCAUGUAGAUUCCACAACACCAAUUGAUUCCCUUGAAAUUUAUGAUCACCUUCAAGCUACUGCAGAACCAUCGACUAUUCAUGGUUUCGAUCCUCCUCCACCGACCAAUCCAGAUAACUCUUCAAGCCCCCCGAAAUCGAAUCUUUCAGUGAAGACCUCCGAUGAUGACCAGCAAAACUUAGAAACUAAUGCAUCCAAAGAAGGCAACGACGUUUCAGCAAAAUUCUCUGAAACUGAAGAUCGUAUGCAGAAACGCCCAACUUCCAUCGUGACUCCUUUUCUGAUAACUCCUAAUUUGGUAGAGAAAUCAAACUCUAAAAGCCAAGAAGACGAAAGAAACGAUAAUAAUACAAAAAUCGAAGUAACAAACGAAGUUGAUUAUCCCCAUUAUAAUAUAAACGAAAUAGGAGAUAAAAGAAAAAACAAUUACGUCGAACGGCUUAAAACUAUUUUGAUAAAUAAAUUCACAGAGUCAGAAAAUACUAAAACAAUAAAGAAUUUAGUGAACUCAACCAACAAAUUGAAAAGGAUGAAAAAACUACAUCAUCAACAAGACCAAAAUAACAAUUCUUUUCAUAUCACAACCCUCAGAGCAACUUCCCCAAUAUGCACUGCUCAUAUUGUCCCAGAAGUAGAGAAAGCAAAUAACGUAGAAUAUGAAACUGCCACAGUCUCCGAAAAAAGGAAACUUCUCACUAAGCAAACAUGUGUAUCACUUACGAGCUCGAACAACUCUUCAUUUUCUGAAAAGGAAAAUGAAGAUGUUGCGAAAGAAUCCGACGAAAACAAGUACAAGCUCAAACUCCUCAGCUUCAUAGAUACCAUAAGAAACUCAACCAAUUCAAGCUUAAGCCGAACUAUAUCCAAUAGCAGUCCCAAUAUCUCAAUUUCCAAAAGCUUCAACUCAUUGGGAAGCUACUCUGAGGGUAGUAUGAGAAGUAGGACGUCUUUUGUCGAAGCCAGGGAGUACUGGCUCAAUUUAUCUACCGAGAACUGCUCAAUUGGUUCAAUUAAUCAUCAAAAACCGAACAUAACAACACCAAAGCAAUUAGACAAUUCAAUAAAAACGUCCUGCGAUAAAUAUAGAUCUGCCGAAGAUAUAACAUCAUUUUCAAGAAGGAAUUUCAGUAGGAGGCUGGCAAAAUGUUCUUCUCUGAAUGAAAGAGAUUUCGAAGCCAUCGAUUUCAUUAGUUUGGAUGAACGCAAAAAAAUGCUUCUUCAAGAUCAAUAUGAAACAGAAAAGAUGGCAACAAGAUACAUCAACAGAAAUAUAUUUUACAAAAAGAAAUGCGGUGAUAUGAAUAGAGAAACGGUAAAUUUGGAGAAUACAGAUACAGAAAACUCAACUAACAUUGCUGUACAUGAAGAAGAAUGCUCCAAGAUCUCUGAGAAUUCCCCAAACAAUAUGCAAAUCAAAUCAUGCGAGUUGAAAACACUAACUCCAUUCAAGACAGCAUUUACAUUCUUCAGGAACCUAGAGAAAUCCAACUGCCACAAGUUACCCUUGAAAGCCAAACCCUUAAUUAAGAGAAGAUUCUCUUUGGACUGUAUAGAGAAGAAAAGAGAAGUAACCAAACUUGGAGGGAGCUUACGAGUAUCAAAAGUUUCAGAUAAAUUUCAGGUUUCUAAAUUCUACUUCGACAUCAUGGAGAAUAAGAGAGGUAGUUUCAAGGGUAUACCAAAUAGGGAGGCACUAUUCAACUCUCUUGCAUCUUUAUCCGCCAAAACAAACGAAAUAUUGGAUAACUCUAAUGAUCCUAUUCAAUACAAUGUUUUUAUGAGUAAGGCCAGAACAAGGAAGAGGAAGAGCCUUAAGUCUAUUUUCAAUAUUCUUCAUUGAAUAUUUUUGUCAAUUUUUCAAUUCAUUAAAGUUAUAUUUAUUUA